AUGUCGUACAAUUACGAUGAACUAAGUCGAACUGAGAUUUUCGAUUUACUUAGACAGUGGCGUGAAAACAACGAAAGACGAAGCGAAGAUGUUUUGGACCUUUUCGAAGCCAUCGUUGAAGACCCGCUUCAGAAAUUGGGCAGUGAGAAAUAUCUUGUAAUGGAGCAAGUAAUCUAUGCUGCGUUGGACUGUCAUUACUAUUCUAUAGCUAAGUCCUGGAUAAUGAUGCUGUUUGAGGAGUUUCCGGGCAGUUUACGGGUUUUGAGAUAUAAGGCUGCGUGUUUAGAAGCAGAAGAAAAGUAUGAUGAAGCAAUGGAAGUGUUAGACAGUAUAAUAAACGCUGAUGAAACUAACUCAGCGGCACGUAAGCGUCGUGUCGCUAUCUUCAAAGCACAGGGUCUUAUUCAGGAGGCUAUUAAGGAAUUGGUUGAUUACCUGAAAAAGUUCAUGUCAGAUAUGGAGGCAUGGCAAGAGCUAUCAGAGUUGUAUUUACAAGUUCAAGAAUAUUCUAAAGCAGCGUUCUGUGCUGAAGAACUGAUAUUACACCAACCACACAACCAUUUGAUGCAUCAAAGACUUGCAGACAUCCGCUACACUAUGGGUGGUGUAGAGAACAUGGAGCUGGCAAAGUCGUAUUACUGUCAAGCAUUGAAGCUUAACCCUGAUAACAUGAGAGCGCUGCUAGGAUUAUUUUUGGUAACCAACACUCUCCUAAGUCACUACAAGUCGUCAGGGAGUACUAAACGUAAGGAAGUGUUCAAACUAUCACAGUGGGCUCAGUCGGAGACGGCGAAGAGACAACGUAAGGCUCAGGCCCCUCCCGCCAUUCCUAACCUCACUAAUAUGAUGUUGUCACUUGCUGUCACAGAUUAAACGAGAAAUACUGGG